CGCAGCCGGCGCACUCCACCGCCGCCCGAGACAUGCACUCGCUUACGGUGACGCUGCUGCUGGCGCUGUCUGCCGGGACGUCGUAUGGUCAGCAGGCGGCCGUGGCGGAGGCGGCGCCGCUGCCCGCUCCGGCAGCGCAAGCCCAGUUCGGCGGGGGGAAUGGCGGCUUCCCGCCAUACCAUUUCUUCCCGCCGUACUUCAACGGCUUCAACGCCUUCGGCGGCGGCGUUGGCGUCGGGGGCGCACAGGGCUCCUCUUCCGACGCAUCCUCUUCCUCAGUGGCGAGCGACGCCGGGGGCGGAUUGGGCGGCGUGGGCGGCGCGGGCGCUCCUCAGCAGGUGAGCUUCAGCCUGGGCUACCAGCCGCAGUCGGCCGCCCCCGGCGGCGGCGGCGGCGGUUUCCAGGGCGGCUACCGCUUCGGCUUCGGCGCGGCCCCCGUGGGCGGCGCGGACUCGGUCGCCCCCAGCGUGGCGCAGCCCGCGGCCGCCGGCGGCAGCGUCGGCUUCUACGGCGCCGCCCCCGCGCUGGGCUCCGCCUCGCCCUUCCUGGGCUCCGCCGGCGGCUUCGGCGCGCCCUCGCAGCUGGCCUCCGUGCCACUGACCGCCGGCGGCCGGUUCGCCUUCGGGGGCGGCGAGGGCGGCGCGGGGGCUGGCGGGCAGUUCAGCGCGCCGCAGCCGCAGCUGCCGCAGCAGUUCGCCGGCGGCUACCGGCAGUUCGCGCCCCCGGCCUUCGCCGGCUUCGGCGGCUACCAGGGCGCCAAAAGCGGCGCCGCCAGCGAGGCGGGCGCAGCGCCGUCGCAGGCCGCCGCCUCCUCCGCUCCCGGCGGCGCUCUCAGCAAGCACUCCGUCACCAGCAUCCAGGACGAGAUCACCAAGCGCCAGUGA